AUGCCCCAUGCAAAGGACGAUUGGUUCCCCCAUCACGGGAAGCCCGUUUCGGCUUCACCCGAAACAUCCUCUCACAGCGCCUGGCCUGGUUCGCUAGGCGACGGCACCAUCCGAAUCUGGGACGUCACCGAUGGACGCCAGCAGCAGAUCGGGCACUUGAAGGGCCACGAGGGGCCGGUCUGGAAGGUCUCUUGGGCCCAUCCCCGCUUCGGCCAUUUGCUGGCCACCGCCGGUUAUGACAUGAAAGUGAUCAUCUGGAAAGAGGACCGUGGGCACUGGGUCAUGGCCUACGUGGAUAGCAGCCAUGCAGCCUCGGUCAAUGACGUGGAGUUUGCCCCACAGGAGCACGGCUUGCGCCUGGCCUGUGCCUCCUCUGAUGGCCAGGUCUCGGUGCUCAGCUACUCGCCCGCCGACGGCCAAUGGAGACGGAGCGUGAUGCAGGCCCAUUCGGGUGGGGCUCAGACUGUGAACUGGGCACCAGUGAGCUACCGGGACGGCGUGCCCUGCGGCUCCGUUCGCCUGGCGACCGGUGGCUGCGACCACACGGUGAAGAUAUGGAGGUUUGACAACGAGGUUUGGUGCGAAGAGAACCCACGCUUUCCAUACGCCCACACCGAUUGGGCUCCUUGGCGUGAAAAGGGGCAUCUACGAAGGGGCUGGUUGAUGGGUGUGUGGUCUGUGUGUGUCAACCUCCGUCUCUAG